AUGUGCAGCAGCAUCUUUGGGCCAAUAAUCAUGGACAAUUACCAAGGUGAUUUAACUGACAUAGUCCGAGCCAGUGGUGGAGCAUAUGGUAGCAGCAGCUGCAGCACAGGCACUUCAUCUUCUGAAUUACCUACCACAUCUCAUCACCAUACUAUUACUCACACCCUCUCUCAUAAUGAUCACUGGCACCAUCACUUCUCUUCUUCUUCUUCUGAUCCCAUCACUUUCACUUCUGUGCUUCAAGACCCCAGAGGAGGCACCAACUUUGGUGAUCCAUUCUCCACCAUGAGAGAUCCCUUCCUUCAGGAGCUUGACAUGCCUUCAGCUUCUACCUACUUCACUGGCGGUUUGGAAGAAGCAGCUGCAAGUUUUGGUGCUGCCGCUGUUAAUACUAAUGCUAAUACUAGUACCACUGUUUUUGCUGCACACAAGAUUCUUGAGGAACAUGACAUGAGAAGACCUUGUAAAAACAUAUUCUCCAACAUGAUUCAGAUCUCUCCCAAUGCAAAGUUACCGGUCUCACCCUAUGAUUCUACCACGGCCAUGGCACCUUCUCCAAGGCCAAUUAAACCUCCUGCUGUUGUUUCACCCAACAUGGUUAAUACAAAUGCCUCCAAGGAUUGCCUUGUGGACACCACGGGAGUGCAGAUCUCAUCUCCACGGAAUCCGGGUCUUAAACGAAGGAAGAACCAGGCCAAAAAGGUGGUUUGUAUUCCUGCACCAGCAGCUGCAAACAGCAGACAAACUGGAGAGGUAGUUCCGUCAGAUUUGUGGGCUUGGAGAAAAUAUGGUCAGAAACCCAUUAAAGGUUCACCUUAUCCCAGGGGUUACUACAGAUGCAGUAGCUCAAAGGGUUGCUCUGCGAGGAAGCAAGUUGAGAGGAGCAGAACAGACCCAAACAUGUUGGUUAUUACAUACACAUCAGAGCACAACCAUCCGUGGCCAACUCAAAGAAAUGCUCUGGCUGGUUCAACAAGGUCACAGCCAUCCAAGAAUAAUGCUGGAAAUUCAAAGAGCUCAGAAGUCUCAAACCCCCAAAAGAGCUCAACAUCAAAAGCAAAGGAUGAGCAGCAGCAGGAGAGCAACAACAGUGAGGGCAAUGUGUCCCCAGUUCUUGCUGGGAAUUCAUCAGCAAACAGUGCAUCUGUGAAGGAAGAGAAUAUGGAAGACAUAGAGAAGCAGCUUGAGAUGGAUGAGGGGGAGUUCAGUGAUGGCCUCCCUUACAAGCCUUGUUUGAUUGAUCAGAGUAAUAAUCAAUCUGAGGAUUUCUUUGCUGAGUUGGGAGAAAUAGAAGCUGACCCACUGGACCUUUUGUUUACUCAAGGUUUUGGCUCAGCCGAUGAUCAAAGGGAAUCCAAGGCCUUAGAUCCAUUCCAUCUGUUUGACUGGUCAGGAGACAACAACACCAACGCCAACACCAGUUCAUUUGAAGAACCUAAUACAAAAAGAAGGUUAUAA